AUUAUCAGUCAUCGUCAUGAUUAAGAAGUAAAUAAAAGGCAGGCAAAUCCCAUCAAUCCUCAGAACCCAGAUAGCAAAACACAGAAGAGCCAGAGGAACAAGAGUUACAAGAUAUGAUGAAGACCCAAAUCAUCUCCACAGAACUCAUCAAGCCGUCUUCUCCAACUCCUCCUCAACUCAGACACCACAAACUUUCCUUCUUCGAUCAACGAAUCCCUCACAGUUACGUCCCUUUCAUUGUUUACUACUCUUUCGACGACAAAAUCAGCCCCACCAAACAACCGGAGAUGGCUUCCAAGCUGAGGAGUUCACUUCCACAUGCCCUAACCAAAUUCUACCCCCUCGCCGGAAGAAUGGAGGGCGAGAACCUAGUCGACUGUAACGACGAUGGGAUUCACUACGCCGAAGCCCGAGUUCAUCUCCGGCUUUCAGAUAUCAUCGAAAGCCCAGAAGCCGAGGCAUUGGAGCAGCUUAUUCCAUUCAAAAUAGACGGCAAUGAACUGACCAGAGCCGAGCCAUUAGCCGUUCAGGUAAACUUGUUCGGCUGCGGCGGCAUAGCCAUAGGUUUCUGCAUUUCACACAGAAUCGCCGACGGGUGGAGCUUGAUCACAUUCAUAAAAUCCUGGGCGGCGACGGCUCGCGGCGAACCCGAUUCAGUGUCUCCAAAUCUCAAUUUGGCGUCCUUGUUCCCACCAAGAGACUCGCUCGGGUACAAACCCGAACAUGUAGUUCCGAAAGAGAGAUUCCCGUUUCGGAGAUUCGUCUUCACCGCCGAAGCAAUCGCUGCUCUGAGAGCCAAGGCAGUUGGAUUAGUCUCCUCUUCCCCGCACCCGACCCGCGUAGAGUUGGUAUCGGCUUUAAUAUGGAAAUGCUCCAUCGGGAACAAUUCCAUUUCCCUGGCGUCCCAUCCGGUGAAUCUGAGACCGAGAAUGCAGCCGAGGUUGCCAGAAAAUUCCUUCGGGAACCUCUUCCAGAUGGCGAUUGCGGAGGCCGACGGGGAGGCGGAUUUGGGUACUUUGAUACAAAACCUGAGAGCUGCAAUUGGGAAAAUGGACAGUGAUUAUGGAAGAAGAUUAGUGGGAGAGGAAGGAUUCGAAGUUGCAGGGAAUAAUUUGAGGGGGAUGAAAGAACUUUUUGCGAGGGAAGGAGCGAGAUUCUUGAGGUUUAGUAGCUUUUGUGGAUUCCCAAUUCGAGAAGCGGAUUUUGGAUGGGGAAAGCCGAUUUGGUGGAGUACAGGAUAUGGGGGUAAGAAUCUGAUUUUCCUUGUGGAUUCGAGAUCUGAAGGGGGAAUAGAAGCGUGGGUGUCCAUGAAUGAGGAAGACAUGGCCAAGUUCGAGCAUCAUCCUGAGUUGCAGGCUCAUGCUUCAAUUUGAUGAUGAUGAUGAUUAAUCCCCCCUGGAUUCAGAUUUUUCUAUGGCUCCGCGUUUUAUUUAUUUUGCUCAAAUGUUAUUUAUUAUUAUAUUAAUUAAUUAAUUUUGAGUUAAAUUCUAAAAAAAAAAAAGGGUUGUUGGUUUUGAGGCUCUUUGUGUGGGGGCCCAGAGUCGUUAUCGUUCUAGCCCACCUCACUCUUAAGGCCCACGAGGCCCCGACUCCUUUACUUGGAUCGAUCGGGCAAACCAGCCCACUGGACCCAACCCGUCUUCUUGUGGGUCUGAUUUUCGCAUGGUAAAAUUUCGAUGACCCUACAUACGUUUGAUAUAUCUCAGAUUCAAUAAUAAUAAAAUCAUCAAGAAAAGCUGUAAUAUUUAUAUAGGAUCCAGUGUAACCUGUAUCUCAUUCCUACUAAAUCUUGAAGUAUAUAUCGGCUAUUUAUAAUGUACCCUUU